UGCCAUCCGUGCGUCCAAUGCCGUCUGUCGUACCUGCUAGCUGAUUUAGCCUAGCCACCUCACCUAUCAGUCGGUCCCGUCGGAGGAAGAUGAAAUGAACGAGAGACAAAAUGAUUUUCCCUCGUCUUCAGCGCGAUUCACGGCUGUAUGUGAAAAGGGGGACGACGUCCGUCCGACUGUCCGUAGCAUUUUAGCCGUCGCAACGUUUCGCCGAGUCCGUUUGUUGUGAAACUGGAAGUGGAAAAGACAAAGGGAAAAGAGCUGUCCAAGAAAAGCUAGAAUGGUCCGGGCCUAAAAAGAAGAAUAAGAGCAACAUGAACCGUGAGGACCGGAAUGUGCUCCGAAUGAAAGAAAGAGAAAGGCGAAAUCAAGAAAUCCAGCAGGGAGGAGGAGAGGCCUUUCCAGCAAAUUCUCCCCUCUUCCCUGAACCCUACAAAGUUUCCAGUAAGGAAGAUAAACUGUCCAGCCGCAUUCAGAGCAUGCUGGGAAAUUACGACGAAAUGAAGGAGCCGAUUGGAGGAGACAUUCCGAAGCUCGGUGGUAAACCUUCCAGCAGUGCGCCUUCGUCUGAGGAGAAGUCCGGCCAGUCCUUGUUCGGCGGGGACCAGCGCAGCAGCAGCAACAGCAACAGCCAGAGCAGCAAGUGGACACCUGUCGGCCCUGCAGCUGGCACCUCGUCCCAGUCCCAGAAACGCUCAGGUCUUCAAGGUGGGCACAGCAGCCAGCGGGGCAACGGAGGAAGCAGUAGCAGCGGUGGUAGUAGCCAAAGACACAGUGGAGAGGCACGGGAGAAGAAGUCGAGCAAGCAUGGUGGAGGUUCUGAGCACUCCAAAUCCCACACCUCAAGCCCCGCCAAAGGCUCUCUGAGCUCCUCUGGCAGUGGCAGUAGUCACUCCCGGGGCUCUCUGUCAGCAGAGCAACAUCAUGGUAAGGAGCAGCGUUACCGUUCCAAGUCUCCCCGAGACAGAGAGGCCAACUGGGACUCACCCUCACGGGUUCACACCUCAUUUCCCAGUGGACAGCUAUCUAGCCAGGCCUUCCCUCCAUCUCUUAUGUCCAAACCCAGCACCAUGCUACAGAAGCCUACAGCCUAUGUACGGCCAAUGGAUGGCCAGGAAACAGCCGAGCCCAAGAGCUCACAGGCAGAAAGCUAUAGUGCACAGUCUCAUAGCAGCACCAUGGGGGAGAUGAAGUCUAACGGCAAGGCUUCGCUGUCCAAGCUCAAGAUUCCCUCGCAGCCUGUAGAGGGCUCUGGUGACGCCAACUGUGUGGAUGAAAUUCUCAAGGAAAUGACUCAAUCGUGGCCCCCUCCGCUGACAGCCAUCCACACUCCUUGCAAGACAGAGCCCUCCAAGUUUCCAUUCCCUACUAAGGACUCCCAGCAUGCAGGUUUUCCAGCCGGACACAAGAGAUGCAGCUCUUCUAAGACCUCUAGCAGUCACCAACCUAAGACCUGUGAUGACCAGUCAAAUAUGCUUGAGGAUGACUUGAAGCUUAGCAGCAGUGAGGACAGUGAUGGAGAACAGGACUCAGCCAAGAAUGCCUCCAGGAACACAUCAGCAAGUAACAACAGUAAUAACAGUGAGGGAGCGGACCACUCGAGGGAUGACUCCAGCAGUCACAGUGGCUCAGAGAGCAGCUCAGGCUCGGACAGUGAGAGUGAAAGCAGCUCAACAGACAGCGAGGCCAAUGAACCACCACGACCCGCCUCUCCUGAGCCCGAGCAGCGCAUGGCCAACAAGUGGCAGCUGGACAACUGGUUAACAAAGGCCAAGCAGUUCUCGCCAGCUUCCCCAGUAGACAACAAUAAUGUUCCCACCAAGUACAAGAAGGAGGGCCGGGACAACGGUUCAGGACGAAGCUACAGCGGCCAGGGUGGGGGAUCCAAAGAUUCAGGGGCACCCACACCAAGCAGGGACCUACGGGCGGGACAAAAGGGUGCCGACGGUGGCCGUGGCCGGCAGAAAUCCCCAGCCCAGAGCGAAGGUGGCGCUGGACAGCGAAGAACUGUGGGUAAAAAACAACCAAAAAAAUCAGAGAAGCCACCUGUGGUGGAAGAGCCAAAGGGGGGACUUAAGGUAGAGAGUGAGCCCACUCCAGAGAUACCCCCUCACCGGCCAAAGGCUGCCACAAAGGGUUCACGAAAACCCAGCAUAAAAAAAGAACCCAAGUCAUCUCCAAGGCCUACUCCGGCAGCCACGACUGCUUCAGCGGACAAACGCAAGGCCAAGGCACCUACCAAGACUUCUCAGAAGUCCCGUGAGUUUGUGGAAACGGACUCUUCCUCGUCUGACUCAGAGGAGAAUGACAGCAUUCCAUCUUCCUCACAGACGCCCAAGUACACAGAGAGUAUCCGGACUCCUGUGUGCGUCUUCUCUCCCAUGGAAGAAAAGGAGCUCUUAUCCCCACUCAGUGACCCAGAAGAGCGCUACCCUGCCAGACAGCCCCAGCAGCAGGUUCUCCUGGUGAAGAUAGAUCUGAGCUUGUUAUCUAGGAUUCCAGGGCGACCCUACAAGGAGCCAGUGGAGAUCAAAGUUGAGAGGGAUGACUUACUGGACAGGGACGGCAAAGACUUCAGCAAGCAAAGCUCUGAGAAGAGCUCCAGUAAAGGCAAAAGGAAACACAAGAAUGAUGAUGAAGGUGCCAAGCCUGACAGCAAGAGGUCCAAACUAGAUGACAAGUCUUUGUCUCAACCUAAAAACAACAGUAAAGAGUCUAAGAGUUCUCUGGAGAAGAAGGAAGAUCCGGCUCCGUCACCUUCCAUGUCGGGUCUUCAGCGGAUGCCCAAGGCUGAGCACCAGAGUAGGAAGAGGACAAACAGCCAGUCUUCCACCUCUCUGUCCAGUGGAACCGGCAGCGGGAAGGAGGGGAGCCACAGUACCAAGUCCACCUCCACCUCCAAACACAGGAAGGGAGAGGACAAGGGACGCAGCAACCGUGAUGGAAAGGAGAAAUCCUUGAAGGGGUGUGAUAACCAGCUGGCCGUUCCUCCGCUCUCUAUGGACAGCUCCAAGUGUCAGAGAUCCAAACUCUCAUUUGAAGACAGGGUCCAUUCUGCUGAUCACUACUUACAAGAGGCCAAGAAACUUAAACACAAUGCAGAUGCACUGUUGGACCGAUUUGAGAAGGCAGUCUAUUACCUGGAUGCUGUGGUGUCAUUCAUUGAGUGCGGCAACGCACUGGAAAAGAGUGCCCAGGAGGCCAAGUCUCCAUUCCCUAUGUACGCAGAGACGGUGGAGCUCAUUAAAUAUACAAUGAAAUUAAAGAGCUACAUGGCCCCAGACGCUACUUCAGCGGACAAAAGACUAGCUGUACUGUGUCUGAGAUGUCAGUCCCUCCUCUAUUUACGCUUGUUCAAACUCAGGAAGGAGAGUGCACUAAAAUACUCUAAAACCCUCACCGAACACCUAAAGAACUCUCUGAGUAACACCCAGGCCCCCUCCCCAGGAAUGGGAAAUAAGGCGGCUGGUAUGCCCUCCCCGGUUUCCCCUAAGCUGUCUCCAGGCACGGCCGGCAGCUACUCCUCAGGAAGCAGCAGUGGAGGCAGCAGCUCAUCAGUGACCAUACCUCAACGUAUCCACCAGAUGGCCGCCAGCUAUGUCCAGGUCACCUCCAACUUCUUGUAUGCCACUGAGGUCUGGGACCAGGCUGAACAGUUGGCAAAGGAGCAAAAAGAAUUCUUUGUGGAGUUGGACAAAGUGAUGGGUCCUCUGAUCUUCAACACCAGCAGCAUGACGGAACUGGUGCGCUACACACGACAGGGCCUCCAUUGGCUACGCCUAGACGCUAAGCCUGUUCCCUAGCCAGAGAUUUCUUUCAAGAGGCUGCUUCCAUUUUCACACACACACACACACUCACUCACUCCUCACUUACCGUCAUACACUUACAUGCGCUGAAGGACACGCAUGCGUGCAGCCAGAUGAUGUGAAUACUCAACACUUGCAAACAAACAAAAAAAGACAAUUAAGUACAUGCUCAUACACACACACACACGUGCACAGACACCGAAUCCACCCCAGCACCCAUUGUGCUCACUUGUGACAAACUCAAACAUAUCUCCAACACUGUGUUCAUUUUCAACACCAGCUUGCCAAAUAUACUGAGCAAUUUGGAGCAUCUUACACCUUUGACAGCAUCACAUGGGAAGAGGAAUAACUGCAGCAGAGAAAUGAAAAAGGAGAGUGAUUCCAUGCUUACAUAUAUAUACACCAGUGUUCGCACACAUAUCUUUGGCUAGCAACAAAUGACCAUGGUUUAAUCAGGCAUUAAAGCCAUUGGGGGAAUCAUUUAUAAAAACACUAAAAGAAACGGUGUAGUAAAGUUUUAUGGCUACAAAAACAUAGCUGGUUACUUUGGAUUUCAAUUUUUUUUUUUUCAUUUGUUUUACCAAAGUACCUCCCUUAAACACCAAAGGUGCUUUAAUAAGAAGGUUUGUCUAUUUUUUGUGCCUUGUUUGUAAUCUACAGGAGAACAAAUAAGUUCGAUCAUGUGUACAUGCAUAUGCAUUUACAAUCCCCCCCCUUUUCUUAAUUUUCCUUUUUUGUUAUGAUUAUAUUAAUUUUAUGCAUUUGGAAUGGCAAAUGAAAAUCGGCAAUAAUUAUGUUCAUGUGGUUGUUUUUUUUUCUGGCUAAAGUCAUCCCAUUUCCACCACUCAGCAAAGUUUAAUGGGUACAACAGAUUAUCCUAGCCCUGCCUCCAUUAAGGCGGUCCGUCUUGUUUAUGGAUAUAAAUUCCCUUCAAACAAUUCUCUGGUCUAUAGAAAUUGGAGUUGGAAAAAGAAGAAGUGGAAGAAGUGUCUUGUGUAUAGUCCUGUUUGAUACCUGUUUGAUACUCAUGCAUUUAUAAAUGCUUGUCCCAGUAAGUAAACUGGUCGGAACGUUUACUCUUUUGAGCAGUGUGUGUUUAAAUCAGUUUUGAAGAAAAAGGAGACAUUUAUUUCCCAGUUUGAUCAUUACCUUUGUACUCUCUAAGAGAUUUGCUACUGCUCUGAAGCUACAUAAUAUUAGAAUUUCCUCAUAUGAAAUGUUAUGAAACCCUUGCUCUUUGUUUUCCACUGAGAAAUUUCCUGGUGGAAAUGUCACUUCCAAACCAUGUUAUUGUUUCUUUGAUCUGUUUCUGGUGUGUGCAUCACAAAGCUUGCUCAUAGCAUAUUUUUCUAAGGAACAGCAGGGUUUGUCUAUGUAUUGAAAGUCUUCUCCAUGUGUACAUGGGGUUAUUUACAUGGCAGUUAAAAGAAACCGGCCCUUUGCAAUUGCAAAAUGGGAAAAAACUAGGCCCAGGACAACGGUAGACAUAGCUGGAAGGAAAGAUACAGGUAAAUAUAUUCUUUACAGUAGCAGACUUUUGAGUGAUGCAGAAUAGCAGUGUUGCAAAUUAUUGAAUAAAGUCAAAAAUCUAUGAUUAUAUAUUCCAUUAAGUGAAAUAGCCGCUAUAAAUCUUAUUUAUUUACCUAGCUUUUUUUUUCUGGCAAAAUUUUAAAUUUUUGAGUACGCCACAAGUCAUAUAGGCUUAAACAGGGUUAGCAGGAAUUAUAAGGUGGAAAGUAUUUGUAUAUGUAAUUGUUCCUAUCAAUGAAAGGAAAAAAAGUAGCGCCUAGCGUAGUCACACGUGUAUUACAAAAAAAAGACAAAAAAAAGCCAGGAGGUAUGUUACCUAGUUAGCUAUAUUUAUAUGAUACAGCAGGCAGGCUGGACACGGACAGGAAUAACAAGUCUGCUAGCUGUCCUGAUGUUAAUUUGAAUUCUUUUUUUCAUUGAGGCAAAUGUGGACAGCAGUGCUUGUAAACAGAGAAUGUAACUUUAAUAAGCAGAAGAGUUUAUGCUGAAGUUUGGGCCUUUGACUGACGGUUGAUGUCAUGAAAGACUUCCUUUUUUCCACCCAUUUUCAACAGAUAACACAUGCUGGAAACAUCAGAACAAGACCUGGGCCAAAAUAGUUUUUGCAACCCCCCCCCCACACACACACACACACAUAUUUUUUCUUUAUCCUCUUUUGGUUGUAUUGGUGUACCAAAAAAGGACAAGAGAAAAGUGACGAAGUUGUGACAAUCACAGGAAGGUAACUUGAGUUUCUGUGGUUGAUGCCCCACCUGAUACCUUUGCCGCCAGUAUCUGUACUAACCAUGAUUUGCAUCCGCUGUAUGUCCCAGGUCUGAUAUAGUUUUGUUUUUCUUGUUUUGGUCAUUGAUUCCUUGGCCUGUAAGCAGGGGGCAAUACUGUUAUUUCCUCUUCUGCUCUUAUGCAGAGUGAAAAUUGGAGGAACCGUUGAUUUAAUCUAUGCAGGAUUUUUACAAAAUGGAUCAGUGUCUGAUAAAUCCUUAUUUAAUCUUUGUUUAGGACUCCUCCUUGGGAUUUUUUUUUCCAGUUUCUCUUCUUUUUCCUCAUUUUGCCUCAAAUAAACCUGUAAGAUUCAAGUGUCCAAUGCCUUUAGCUUUUGAAAUUUGUGUACUGGUUUAUUGUAUAUGUAUAUAAGGUCUUUUUUAUAGCUAAACACAAAUGGCUUGAGCCAUUUUGUAUUUAAAGCUGGAGGCCACUUUUUCAAUAGGAAUUCCUCAAGGCUCUUGACCGGCAACCCACUUAAUGUCUUCAUACACUGGUACACUCUGUAAAUACACAUCCAUGGCAAGUGUCCCACACACUAUCCUCACAGUCACAUGGAAAACAAAAGAACGACAAGUUUAAGCAUUAGGGGAAUUUUUAACCGUUUGCUACUCACAUGUAUUUAUUUUUCUGGCCCUUUGCUUUUUUUAUCUUUCUGCCUUUUUACAAAAUGCCAAUUUAUGAAAUAGGAAAAUAUUAAUGGUUUGGAGUUGUUCGCAAUGAGAUUUCAGUGUAAGUAGUAAUUAAUAUUAAUUCUAACUUGAAAGAAUCCAGGGUAAGAUGGUUUUUUGUUUUUUUGACAUUCAGUAGAAAGAUGUUAACACUUGCAUGUUUCUAUUUAAAAGCAAAUGUAUAAUUUGUAAAUUGAACAUUUCUUUAAGGGUGAAUUUCUACUACAGGUUGACAUUUUUAUUGAAAUUUAAAAAUGUAAAUAGAUUUGUAAGAUACCACGUGCACAUUUUUUUCUUCUGUUUCUCUCUUCUUCCCUCUCUCUCUGUAUGUCUGUCUGUCUGUCUUUCUCUCUGUGUGAUCUUGCGUUCCAGGCUGUCACAGACUCUUUGGUCUUGUAACACUGUAUAUCGAAUUGUUUUGUCAAUUUGUCAAUCAUUUCUUCACCGUACUUGUGUGCUUUGUCUUCUCUCUCUCUCUCGCUGUCUGUCUAUCAUGGCCGCCACAUUAAUCAGUUUGUCUAGAUCCAAGUGCUAAUAUUCGUCCUACCUGUAUCUGAUACGGAGACGCAUAAAAUCAUACGUGUAUGUUGUUCUCAGCUGGAUGAAUGCUUGAGGCGAAGUGUGUGAAGUCAGUUAUGUCAACGACAACACUCAAUGACUGUUUUGUUUUUUCCUAUGAGAGAGCCGUAUUUAAUAAUUUCCCUUUUGAACAUUUGAUCCAAGAUGUCCUUUAAAUGAGAGCUUUUGCUCUAAACUUCCAAACAGCUGUAGUUUACAGUAUGUUGGACUAUGACUUUAAUUUUCCUUUUUUUUUUUUUUUUGAAGUUUUCUCCAAAGGGAGACCAGCAGCAUACGCAAAGUACGAUAAUCUAAAUUUGGCAACUUUAAGAGAACGGAUGAUAGAGAUGCUACUAUAUAUUAUGGAUGCAAUAUGAUUACAUAAAGGUACUCGAUGAAGUUUGGUCGUCAAACCAUGGAUUAUCAUGUAAUUUAAAAACAUUCUCGUGAAGUGAGUAUUAAUUGUUACUAAUGGGAGUCUGUCCUGAAUAUUCUUUGUAUUUUGAGGUAUUAAGAAUAAAAUAUAUAUGGUUAUGUUUAA